AUGUCAAAUUUCUGCAAAAAAUGAAUUAAAGGCUUUUGAAGUGUGUCGAGAGUUAGAACAUUAUUUAUGUAAUUACAGCAUCUUUUCAUGUUCGAAUUUACGAUCAGUUUAGAACGUAGCGAAUGAAAUGUCGGUCCAACUUGUCGAUUCGAGUGGUAAAGAUGAUUUAAAAACGCAAUUCGUUACACGUGAAGGAGAGUACAGAUUGAUGACGCUGUCGGAAUACUCUCGACCAAAUCGUGUUGGAUAUCAAAAUAAUCAAAGCAACCCGCAAGUGAGAGUCUCGUUAGUGACCCUACCGUCUCAACUAACCCAUCAAAACCAAGCAUCUGUAGGAAGUUACAGUGGCAAUAAAUCUACAACGGGAACCGGAAUUACAACUACAGCACAACAUACAAACCAUCUAGAACAAGUACCAAGCGCUAUUAAUGGCCUCUCACAAACUUCUACGUCCCUUGGAGGUGAUAGAAUAUGCUUCAAUUAUGGAAAAGAAUUAUACGUCUAUGCAUAUCGAGGAAUAAAAAAGGCUUCUGAUUUAAAUAAACCAAUUGAUAAAAAACUAUACAAGGGUACAAACCCUAGUUGUCACGACUUUAAUGCAUUUACUGCAACAUUCGAAGGAGCUCCACUGUUAGUAGGAUUUAGUACUGGUCAGAUUCAGCUGGUAUACCCCGGCAGAAGAGAACAAGGAAAGUUGUACAACGAAGAGAGAUUAAUUGAUAAGACUAAAGUUACCUGUCUAAAGUGGAUUCCAGGCUCAGAAAACCAGUUUUUGGCGUCUCACGCAAGCGGAAGUUUGUAUAUGUAUAAUGAGGAACUGCCAUGUACACCGACGACUCCAAACUAUCAACCAUAUAAGUGUGGUGAUGGAUAUAUUGUUCUAGCUUGUAAAUCGAAAUCCACUAAAAAUCCUUUAUACAAAUGGUGUUUUGGUCAGCAGGAAAAUUCAAGUAUAAACGAAUUUUGCUUCUCUCCAUGUGGUCAACGCUUAGCUAUUGUGUCUCAAGAUGGGUUCCUCAGAGUCUUCCACUACAACAACAUGGAGUUAAUUGGAAUAGCACGAUCCUAUUUCGGAGGAUUUUUGUGUGCAUGUUGGAGUCCGGAUGGAAAGUACAUAGUCGUUGGUGGUGAGGAUGAUCUAGUAACAGUCUACUCUCUGCAAGAACAGCGAGUUGUUGCCAGAGGACAAGGUCAUCGUUCCUGGGUGUCAGUAGUCGCUUUCGAUCCCUACACAACAUCAUAUUCUAACUGGGAUUGUGGUGAUUUUUCUGAAGAUGAGAAUUCCGUCAAUGACGGCUGUAAUAAAAAUCGUUUUAAUACUAUUAAUCGCUCUAGUAGUGAAACUUCUACCACUAAACGACGCCCACCUUCAACAUGUCGGAACAGCAUGUCCACGACGGAAAAACUAGCCACCAGCUACAGAUUAGGAUCUGUAAGCCAAGAUACACAACUUUGUUUGUGGGAUAUUACGGAAGAUGUAUUGCGGCAAUCUAUUGGACGUCUAAGUCGUAACUUAAGCUCAGCUGAUCCCACAUUUUGUAGCGUGAAGUGUGAAUUUUCGAAUAGUGCAAAUAUUAGUAAUAGCGGACAGAAUACAUCAGCAAAGGAUGAUAACAAAUCAAUAGCUAAUACAACGUAUCUUAACGAUAAAGAUACUGUGGAUAAUGCUAAUUUUAAUCUUAAUGCUGUACUAACAAGUAACAGUUUAAGUUUCGCUAUAAAUUGUGAUGAUAGUAAUAAUAGUAAUAAUAGUAGUGAUAAGGGAUCAACAAGUAGUGUUGAUGGCAAAUAUUCGAGGAAUCAUCUUACUAAGGGCAGCAAUGUUGGUAACUGUAGUAGUAACGUUGUUGCAUGCACGACUUCCAACAGAAAAGAGAAGGACACUAAUAACGAUAAAAAUUCCAAACUAGAUUCCAACCACAUUCAUCACCAUUCAGCGCUUAAUUCGAUAACGCAACGAUUAUCUCAUUUUGGUUUUGGGAAUAGCGGCAGCACUUGUAGCAAUAACAGUGAUAAAAGUGAAAAAUGUGAAAAGUCCGCCAAAAACAGUACUAGUAAAAGAAAUAUCAUAUCGCUUUCUGGCAAAACUAAUAAUAAUAGCAAUACUUUAUGCAAUAGUUCAAACAACAAUCAUUUCCAUCAAACAAAUGCAAAGAACAACAUCAGCCAUGUCAACAACAAUGUUGAACAGUCUAUUUCAACGUCAUCGUCAAGUAGUGGCAAUGGUGGGGGUAUUUCAAAUACUAUUACGUCGAUCAUGACCUCAUCGCUAACCAAAAACAAAAGAAUUGAUGGAUCAGUACCCAGUGGGGGAGGAAAUAGUAUUGUCUCAUCAUAUGACCCAAUGAAGCUAAUUGGUACUCCAGCGUGUCCGCGAUUUGACGACUGUCCAGUAUUAGAACCGUUGGUGUGUAAAAAAAUUGCUCACGAACGACUAACGGCGUUAAUUUUCCGUGAAGAUUGCUUUCUCACCGCGUGCCAGGAUGGAUUUGUGUAUACUUGGGCUAGACCUGGAUACCUGAAUCUACCACAGCAUUUACCUCCAAGUCCAACCGCACCUCCAGGUGGUACAGUAGUAUAAGGCACUAUUAGUAUUAGUAUUGCAAUUUUAACAUAAACCUAUAUGUUAUCGUCUUUCCCAUUUCUAGGAGUAUUUUAAAUGUUUUAUAAUUUGAUUUGAACAUGUUAGUUUGCAAAUUAUGAACAAAAAUUCGACUAUCUGUAUACAAAUAUUCUACAUGCAAAUUUAAUGUAAUUUGUUGCGAGCAAAACAAUACAUUGUGUAAUCAAAGAAUUGCAGUAGUAAGGUAUAUUGCGAAGCGGUUUGUAUUUUUGUACAUACCUGUUUCUUAUUUUUUAUUAUUAAUAUGUAAUUAUAAAUAUUAUGA